UGAGGGAUCCUUAGGUUUCUGCCAACUGAAAGGCAAAGUAAACCGAUCUACAUGGUGGGUGGACGCGCACUCCACUUGAGACAUGCCCACAGUCACUACAUGCAUGGCGCAUGUCGUGCCACAGCUCUCAAACUGUGACUUUUCCGCAUGAGGGUGCAGACGCUGUGUGCCACCGGUGCGGAGGGGCAAAGAAAUACAGUGGACGUCGUCAUCCGUGGACGGCCACAAGGUACCAUCGUCUUCUUUCCUGGAGAUAUUUCUGCUGGGCGAGAAGAGAUGAAGGCCGAUGAGGAGUCGCGAGAGUGGCUGGAGUGGAAUACAGAGGCCAUCUGUGAACUCUUGGCCAAGCGGUGCCCUGUUUCCAUGCGAGUGGUGUUGGUGCGGCCCUCACGGAUGCGACAAGGGUUUAGCUGCUAUGAUCACUUUCUGACGACGAAUUUGAAUGGUGAUCCGUUGGAUGGCGAAUAUGACCCGGAAGGGUCUUGCAGUUUGCAUCUCUUGAUGCUGCUUCAGGAUUUGUCAAGGACCUUGAACAUCUCCGAAGAUGAGUUUUUCUCAUCUUUUCAUAUCCUAGCCUUCAGCAAAGGUGGGGUGGUCAUCAAUCAGCUGCUCGCCGAGUUGGGGGCUGAUGUUUGUGUGGAAGGUUCGAGGAAACUGCUGGCGGUCACCCGCUCGAUUGGGUGGCUGGAUCCCGGGGUCAAUGAGGGCAGCUGUGUCUUCCUGACGAACGAGGAGCUGCUGCGACGUGCGGGGCGCCGCUUGCGUGGCGUGACACCUCCAACCACGCUUUUUGCGGUCUUUACGCCGUUUCAACUUGCAGUGGAGUCUUAUGGCUUCGAAUACCCGGAGGAGGAAGAGGCUGCGACUUCGGAGGAAUUAGGAUUGGACCUGGUACAGUCGAUCAUGAAAGAGGAGGAGGUUCCAUUUGAGGUGGAGUUUUGUUGCUUUGACCGGGAGCCCACGAUGCAAACGCAUUUCCAUGUGCUGAAAGAGUUUCGCACCUGGCGCUUCUCUCGUAAAGCUUGGAAUGGCCAAAUGACGAACAAAGAAAGAGAGAGUUUUACGCGGAGGAUCACCCUCACGCUGUCCCGGUCAUGUGUACUCAUGUGACACUCUCUUUGAAGCGGUGCGCAUGUGGACGCUGUAACCCGCUGUCCACCCUCAAGCUGUGUUUGAAGCGAUGAGAGCCAAAUCCUUUUUGGCCCAAGGAGGCCAAAGCUGAAGUGGCUCCCGUGGCACGUCUUACAGAUCAGCUGUGAAAAGAGCAGAUGCAAAGCAUAUGCCGGUGAUUUCAUAGAGCCAAGGUCAGCAAAGCCUGGCAUGGUCAGCUUUGGACAUGGAAGUCCAAACACCUCUUCAGGACGUGGAU